GGCCGCCCGAAGGACCCGAAGGACCCCGGCAGGUCACGUGUUCCGCCUCCUGCGCUCCGGUCUGUGCUCGUGCUCCUGCUAUUUUUCCGCCCGUUGUAAUCAUGUUCGUUCCCUGCGGGGAGUCGGUCCCCGACCUAACGAACUUCACACUCCUGAUGCCGGCAGUAUCCGUUGGAAAUGUUGGCCAGCUUGCAAUUGAUCUGAUUAUUUCUACACUGAACAUGUCUAAGAUUGGUUAUUUCUAUACUGAUUGCCUAGUGCCCAUGGUUGGUAAUAACCCUUACGCAACUGCAGAAGAAAAUUCAGACGAACUCAGUAUAAAUACUGAAGUAUAUGCAUUACCUUCACGGAAGCUAGUGGUGCUUCAGUUAAGAUCAAUUUUCAUUAAGUAUAAAUCCAAGUCAUUCUGUGAAAAAUUGCUGGUCUGGGUGAAAAGUAGCUGCUGUGCCAGGAUUAUUGUUCUUUCAAGCAGCCAUUCAUACCACCGUAAUGAUGUACAACUUCGAAGUACUCCCUUCCGGUAUCUGCUUACACCUUCUAUGCAAAAGAGUGUUCAAAAUAAAAUAAAGAGCCUUAACUGGCUAGAAAUGGAAAAAAGUAAGUGCAUUCCUGAAAUGAGUGAUUCUGAAUUUUGUAUCCGCAUUCCUGGAGGUGGCAUCACAAAAACACUCUAUGAUGAAAGCUGUUCUAAAGAAAUCCAAAUGGCAGUUCUGCUGAAGUUCGUUUCAGAAGGGGACAAUAUCCCAGAUGCAGUCAGUCUUGUCGAGUAUCUUAAUGAAUGGCUUCAAAUAGUCAAACCGUCUAGUAACAACCCCACAGCAUCUGCCUUGCCAUGGAAGAUCCCCAGCUCCUGGCGUCUCCUCUUCGGCAGCGGCCUUCCUCCUGCACUGUUUUGAUCAGUUUUGAGCCUUCUCGCCUCAUCCCAAAGAAAUCAUAAAAUGAGCUGCUGGAUAUAUGCUAUACCGAAAUGUAUACUUUCGGGGAUAUGUUGGAAAUGGUUUUCACAGAAAAACCUCAAAGAGGUUCUAGUUGAUAUACUUGUUAUAUACAGUAAAUGUAAAUUUUGUACAAUAAAACUUUAUUUCCUAAACA